AUGUUUCUUGAGCAUCAAAUCAGCAUAUUAGAAUGAUUUCUGAAGGAUAAUGUGAUUGGAGUAAUGAUGCUGAAAAAUUAGCUUUUCCAUCACAGGAAUAAAUUACAUUUUAAAAUGUAUUAAAAUUGUGACAUACAUCAGAGUGAAAUGGAUUAUCAAAAAAGAAAGAAAUGCACGGCAGGACUUGGUUGGUUCUAUGCAUCGGUUGUUGACUGGACAGAGGCAGAUCUGAAUGCGAGCUUUUAGUAAUUUAUUAAAGAAAGGGCCGGGGUUUAAGCAGACUAAAUGGUUGGAGAAGUCCAACAUACAUCACCAAUGAUAAGUCUGCUGUUUUUAACUUGAAGAUUGAUUUAUGACAUUUUGAUUAAGAAUUACGAGGUAAAAAAAUGUUAAACAUAUGCAGGGAAUUGUUCACAGUAAACAAUAACAUGCAUUUAGAAAAUAGAAUUUCUAUUACAUGCUGACUUUAAAGUGUAAUAAUAUUUCACGGUAUUACUGUUUUUCCUGUAUUUUGAUCAAAUAAAUGCAGCUUUGGUGAGCAUAAGACUUUCAAAAGCAUUAAAACAUCUUACUGAUCUCAAACUUUUGAACAGUAGUGGAAGUAUGUGUGUUUGUAUGGGGCUAGAUGUCAUACAGGGAAGAUACAAUUAGUUUUCAAAUAUAGAUAAAUUUACGUAAUUUUUUUUGAUUUUUCAAAAUUGUCCCAUUGUGACAACUUGUUUCAUUUAGUGUGACAACAUGCUCCACUAUCAAAUUUUGUUCAAUAAAUUAAUCAGAAAUUGACUUUGAUAAACAAAAAAAUCACUGGAGUAAACAUGACAACCGUAUACAGUAUAGAUUGACAUUUGGGUUUCGUUGCAGAAGUUUGUUUAUGUAUUUUUGUAAAUAUGAAAAUUUAAUCUUAUAAUAUCUGCUUAGACAUAAUUCCUCUGUAAGUGUAUUUUAUAGCCUGAAGAUGAAAAUGAAUGUGUAAAUAAACUUUCAAACUAUUUUAGACAAAGAGUCUAUUCAGAUUAUAUCUGCUGGUGGGUGUGUUUGAAGCUUUUGAAUAGUCAUCCUCAUGCACACAAAAACAUCACACCAGCCUGGGUCUGUCUGUAAGGCAUUAGAGAACAUUAUUACAUGAAGCUACACCCCAGACCAAUAUCUGUCUCGACUGGAGCCAACAUUUCUAUUGAGCAGAGAGGGCUGCUGGAUAUACGUUUUUAACCUCUUUAUGGGUCAAAAUGGGGCUGUUUUGCAAGCUUGUUCUGCUCAUUUUGGUUCUGUUGGCAGUGCUACACAAUUCAUCAGGCGGAAAGAAAGGGUUUGGGGGCAAGAGCACCCCUUCCAAGAAGCCAUCCGAUAAGCCAUCACAGGGGACCAAGACCCAACCUAACUACCCCAGACAACCCUCCCAUCCUGGUGCUGGAAGUAACCCAGGCUACCCUAACCAAUAUCCUGGUAGAGGCGGCUCCAAUCCAGGAGGGUAUCCCAACCAGAAUCCUGGAUUUUACCCAGUGAGAACUGCAGGGCAACCUGGAGGAUACCCAGGAGGACAUCCUUCCAUUGGAGGGGGAUAUCCCAACUGGAACCCCAACAAUAAGAUUCUCAGUCCACGUUAUGGAGGCUCGUUUGGAGGUGGUGGGUUUGGCAUGGGGGGUUCCCCUUUCUCCCAAACAGUGAGAGGCAUGGGCUAUGGUCCUUCUGUACAAUCCAAAGGUUUUGCAAAAAAGGCAAUGCUAGCUGCAGGUGUUGGGGCAAUGGCAGGAACGGCUGUAGGCUAUGGAAUCGGAAACUUUCCACGCCCUAACUUCCAAUUCCGUAGCCCCCAGGAGGAACGCCACUACAAUAACUAUAUGUACCAACAUCAUGGUACUCAUUCUAAAGGAGGAAAUAACAAAAGAGGACCCAGCUACACAUCAAAGCUGCCACCCCAGGCUCAGUCAUAUGACCAAUUCAUGAACAUAUGCAUGAAGCAAAGUGAUGUUUUAAAAGAGCAAAACAUGAAAGAUUCUGCAGUCCGCAACAACAUUCAAAGAGAUGAGCCACUGACUGAUUAUCUAAGUAUGAAUGAAGACUACUUAGAGAAAGGUGAACUAGAGAAGAAUGACACUGCAUCCCCUACAACUGUUAUAGAUUAUCCAAAGAAUGCUGGGAUUCAUAAUGAUGAGGAUGAUGACACAGUGAGUAUCAUAGAGAUCGGCUAUCCAGCACUUAUUGAGCAGAUGAAAACUCGUAAGUGUGUUGAGCAGUACUUGGUUUACUCUGAGAGCUUCCCGGAGAAGCAGAAAGAAAAAAAUUUCGGUAAUGGACACAGUGUCUCUGGGGUUCUUCUGUUUCUCACUACUUCCUUUAUGCUUUUUAGAGGAACUUAGCUUUCCCUUCCCUUAACUUACCCUUCCUUUCCACUCUCCAUAGGAAUCCAAAGAUGAAGUUAAAUUUUAAAUGUUGUGUAUAAUGUUUUGACUGAAAGUUUCUCUUUUCUGCUCAAAAUCUGACAUGACUCCUCUCCCCCCACUGCCUAUUUAAAUGUAUAGUAUCAGAAAAAUAUAAUGUAUAUUGGUCAUAUUCAUUUUAUGAAUGAAUUUUGUUAUAAAAUCAGUGUAUAAUAUACUAUAAUAAUAAUAUACUAUUAUUAUUAUUAUUCCUGGAAAAUAAACCUGAAAUUUGAUAAAAUGUUAACUGAUGCAUUUAUUUAUUUGUCUGACUAUCACCAGACCAAGCUCAAUUUAAAAUUGAACAUUGGUCUGGGGAGUUUGCUAU